GUAGUAGUAAUAGUAAUCGUAGUCCCAAUCGUAAUAGUAGUAGUAGGACCUUCCAAAGACCGGAUACGACGAGCUCUUCAGCUGGUUGCCGCGGGCGGUGCAGGUGAAGCAGCGGAAGUUCGCCGAGGGUGCGGCGAAGCAGCCCAGGCAGGGCCCCUCGGCGGACGAGGAGAUCACUCCGGAGAUGGCGAAGGCGCUCGCGGCCAGCAAGGGGCGACCUGCAGCAGGCCGGAGGCCUCCGAGCAGCGCGGGCGCGGAUUCGCCGACGCAGCGCUCGCCCCCGCCCGGGCCCGCGCAGCGGCAGGUCGCCCCAGCGCAGCAGCCGCGCUUCGACGCGGCCUUCGCGCUCUCGGGCGACCCGCCCUCGAGGCCCAACACCGGCGCGGCGGCGCCCGCGCCGCAGAUGGACGACCUGCUGGGCUUCGGCGCCGCCCCGGCGCCGCCCGCCCCACAGGCGGCGGCGCGAGGGAAGACCGAGCCCGCCGCGCUCCACAGCAGCGACCUGCUGGCGUUCGUCGACGGCGCCGGCGCGCCGCCCGCCCCACAGGCAGCGGUGCGCGGGAGGACCGAGCCCGCCGCUCACGGCGACGACCUGCUGGCGUUCGUCGACGGCGGCGGCGCGCCGCCGCCGCCCGUGCCGGUGGGGGCGGCACGCCUCCGCGCCGUCGGCGCAGCAGGGCGACCUGCUGGGCUUCGGCGCGGCGGAGCCCGCCUACCAGCCGCCCGCGCCGGCGGGCGCGGCGCAGGGUGGCGCGUUCUGGGCCGCCGACUUCGCCGACUUCGGCGCGGGGCCGCCGGCGCCGCAGGCCCCCCUGGGGGCCGCCGCUCCGGCGCCCGCGGCCGGCGGGGGCGGCGGCGGCGACCUGCUGAGUUUCGGGGAGGACUUUGCGGACUUCGCCCGCGCCCCGCCGCCCAAGGCGGCUGGGCCGCAGGGCCUCGGCGGGGCAGGGGCCGCGGCACAGCUGGCCACCGGCAACCUGCUAGAUUUCUGAGUCAAGGGGUGGCGGGCGCGCCCGCCCGGGCCCGCGGCGCGGCCGCGCGCAGGUCAACGCGCCUGCUUCGCGCCCGACACGCGCAGGCCGAUUUUCCUCGCCGAACGAUUUCCGGUCUGUAGCGCUGGUCUUCCAGUCGCCAUCUGCGCGGCUUCGCCGUAUGCGGGGCUUACAUCCUUCACCUUCCUCCAGGCUUCCCGAUCGAGAUCCCUCCCCUCCCCCGCAUGCGGACAAGAGUGAGGGGGGACACGCUUCCCGCGCGCCCUCCUCUCGCGCACCGCCUCUGCUUCCAGCCACGCGCGCGCAGGAGCAAGGCAAGGACCAUUCGUCGCCCUCUUUCUGUGAGAAAUCAGCGGUAAGUCGGUACAUCAGAGAGGAGGAA